AUGGCCCAGGGCAAGCCGUCGGCCGUCGCGCUGGUCGGCAACACGGGCGGCGGCCAAGUAAAGUGGAAUGCCGUCAAGCUCGGGGCAGCGUCGGUAUUGGACCACCGCGUUGUGCUUGACAGCAUUCGCUACGACUAUGACAUUGCCGAUCCGCAGUCGUACCAAGUCCUCAAGCAAAAUGCCGACCGGCCGUGUCCGUACACGCAACCUUUUCCAAACGAUCAGUUCGCAACGCACGAGCCAUCGCUCACUGCUGCUGUCGCGGCCGUCUCCUCGCCUUUCAACGCCGAUCGCGAGUCCCCCAAAGAAGAUUCAAUUUCAAACCUUGUCCAUCACCGCACCACGGUCGCCAAUGAAGCCGACAUCACCACAGAAACCGAGGUCGCCACCCAAACCCACAACACAAGUGUCAUCAACAACGAGAGACCCAAGCACAUUCCGUCGAUUGCCGAGGUGGACCGCAAGCACACGCGUCAAUUUGCACUGGCCAAAAUGCAGGUGGACGGACUCGCAAGUCAGCUCUCCAAGCACGAAAAGACAGGCAAAACUCUCAAGAGCUCCCUCUCGGACGACGACUUCACCGCGGCGUGCCUCACGGUCGCGCGCCUCGCGGCCGAGUACGCCGCGAUCGGCGAUCCCGAGACGGCAUGGGUCUACCGCUGCUUUGGCGCGCGUGCGCUAGGCGACCGCUACAUCCAGUCCUUUCUGAAAAACGUCACUUUGCAGUUUUACGACGACGCGGUCGUCGACUUGGAGCGGGCGUGUGGGCACUUUCAAACACUCUUUGAGAUCAAAAACCAGACGAAUUAUGCGCGCACCGAGGACGAGACCCAGAGCCAAAGCGAUCGCGAUCGCUUCAUGCUCUUAUCGCUUGCCCCCGAGCACGUGGUCAAGUCGUUUGCGGCCCACGCUGCCAACACGGCGCUGCGCCAAGCGUCGAUCGCGAUCGCCGAGGCGAAAUCCCGCACUGGCAGUGUCUUCCACAUUCGCAUGGCGUGCGAGAUGCUCUCGAUCGCGUACGCGGCCUUUGCGUGGCUCCGCUUGGAGACUGACCAGCUGGGUAUCGUGCACACGUCGAUUGACGCGGCCCAGCGCAACGCCACGCUGGCGACGGCUUUGGCGACCUUGGCCUCGAACCGGCACAAGGCGCUCGUGACCGAGUGGAUCACCCACCACGAGACGUGUGCGGCGCAGGCGCAGAGCUUUCUCACGAUCGCCACGACCGCCGACCGGUUGCCGAAAGACGUGGCGAUCGCAUCGCGCAUUGCCGCGACCAACCUCGAGAAGCGCGUCAUGGUCGCGGUGGUCCAAGUGCUCCAAGGCCGCGGCGUGGACCGCAAACAUAGCAGCCGCAUCAAAGCCACGCGCGACCAAACCAAGAUGGGCAUGUCGGAGCAACGGCUUCGUCGCAAGAGCGCGCUCUCGGGCCACGUGGACGGGGCGUACGUGAGUCUUCUCGCUGCCAAGCGCCGGUCGGACCUGCUGGCCGCGUCGUACGAAGCCAACGUGUACGCGCUAACAAAGGACACGCGCGCCGUGCUGCCGCUCCAACCCCCGUCGCCGCGACAGCAGGCCGAGCUCGCCGCCAUGGACGACGAGGCCAUCGCGUCCAUGGCUUACGAGACGGAAUCGGAGCGCCGCGAGCUUGUGACGCACCGUGUCGCUGCCGGCUAUGUUCGCCACGUGCUCGAUCUCAGUGUGCGCCGCAUGCUGCGAACCGUGGGCGCGGUCCCCACCCCUCACGCCCCCUCGGCAAUACCACCACCGUCGUCUGCGCCGGCGACCUUUUUCGAGUUGGACUUGGACACGCAGCGCCACGUCCUUUUGGCCGAGAUCCAGCACUGCAAAGCGCUGUACGAAGGCCGAGUUGCGGACGAGGUGGGCACGAUGCAAAAGCUUCGCUGCCUCCUCCACGAGCCCGUCCGCGUGCAAGAGGCGUCCGAGGCUGGCGCGUACGCCAUCUUGCAGUCGCCUACAAGCAGCGCUCUGGAGACCGACGCGUACGAGAUCGAGUACGCCGACAUGGCAUGGUAGCGACCCCCUAAAUCCCCCCACUG